ACAGACAAUAAACUACCACUUUUUUACAUAAAUAUUUCAGUAUAAAAUAAAAAUUUGUUGGUUUUAUUUUUCAGUAUUUUUUUUUUUUUGUUUAUUAUUUAUACAAUUGUUGUAGACAACUUCAUUAGUAAAACUGUGGGUUUUCAACUUCGUCAUCAAAAAUCUGACUGCAGAAAAAAUUAAUAAAAGAAAAUAAUCAAUUAAUAUCAAAAAAGAUAAAAAAAUGUAUUAGUUUGUGUUUAUUUGACUAAAAUUUUCCUCAUUAUUUAAAGUUUUAUUUAUUAUUAGUGUUAAGUUAGUUAUAUUUUUAAUAUUUUUUAUAAAAAAAUAAAAUAUAAAUAUGGUAUUUUGGUGUGAUUGCUUGCAACGCAAUGAUUAUCAACAGAUAUCUGCUUCAGCUGGGGGUGGACAAGGUCCUCGUUUUGGUGUGCGUCAUAUACAAUGCUUGUUAGUGUUUUGUGGUUUAGCUGUGGCUUAUGCUCUUCGGGUGAAUCUAUCGGUGGCUAUAGUUGCCAUGACAGAUCGUAAUGCUACAAAUCCUAAUUUUGAGGAAUUCGACUGGGAUGAGAGUGUCAAAUCCUAUUUGCUCAGCAGUUUCUUCUGGGGUUAUGUGAUCACACAAGUUCCUGGUGGAUAUUUAUCUCAUAAAUAUGGAGCAAAAUUUACAUUCUUUUUUGGUGUGCUAAUAUGCUCUGUACUGGCUUUAUUAACACCCCUUUUUGCGGAAAUUGGUGAUUGGCCUUUGCUACUGAUACUGCGCUCGGUUCAAGGUCUCUGCCAAGGCAUGAUAUUUCCUUCUACGCAUACCUUUCUCUCGAAAUGGGCUCCGGCUGAAGAGAGAGGUCGCCUCGUAAGCUAUUGCUAUUCGGGUGCACAAUUUGGUACGGUAAUAAUGCUGUCGAUAAGUGGUUUCAUAGCUUCUUCUUGGAUGGGUUGGCCUAGUAUAUUUUAUGUAUCCGGUUUAGCUGGUUUGGUAUGGGCUGUCUUUUGGUAUUUCUAUUGUGCCAGUACACCAGCUGAACAUCCUACUAUAACUGUAAAUGAAAGACGUUAUAUCGAGACUUCCGGUCCGGGACGAAGACCCUCAGAUGCUGGUAGAAUUGAGGCCUCGGAAUUAAAAACACCCUGGUUGAAAAUAUUUACCUCGGUGCCAUUUUUAACACUACUCAUAGUGCACUGUGCCAAUAAUUGGGGUUUCUGGACUUUGCUAACUGAGAUUCCAACAUAUAUGAAAAACAUCUUAGGCAUGGAUAUACGCAGCAAUGGUCCACUCUCCGCUUUACCUUAUUUAGCCAUGACAUUGCUAUCAUAUGGUUUUAUAUUUGUGGCCGAUAUCAUCAAUCAUAAUAGUGUUAUGCCUUUGUUUUUCUCACGAAAACUAUUCAAUACCUUGGGUAUGUGGAUACCGAUGAUGGCUUUAAUCGGUUUGGGCUAUAUAACUACAGGUGACAGCACAAAAUUGGCAAUAGCAUUGUUAACUAUAGCAGUGGGUGCUAAUGCGGCUACGUACUUGGGCUUUCAGGUUAAUCAUAUAGAUUUAUCACCCAACUUUGCUGGUACACUGAUGGGCAUUACAAAUUGCGCGGCUAAUAUAAUGAGCAUUAUAGCCCCUUUGACAGUGGGCUUAAUUGUGACAGAUGAGACAAAUCCUUUACAAUGGCGUAUAGUGUUUUAUAUAACAGCUGGUUUCUAUUUUUUUGGCAAUUUAUUGUUUGUAAUUUUUGGUCGCACUAGUCCUAGAGCCUGGAAUCUGCCCACAACACGCACACAUUCUUCUACAUCAUCAUCUCCUGUACAUGCGACCAAUGUGGAAGCUGCUGCUCCGGUUUCGGAAACAGAUCAUUUGCUAACAAAUUCUACUUAAUCUAAUGGAAUUUUUAUUUUCU